AAUAAUUUUCUCUCGGCAUCGAUUUUGCUCAUUAUUUUUGAGCAUUUUUCCGGAAAAUAAGCACUUGCAGGACACUAAAAAUGCCUUCGAAGCACAAAGACAAGGACAAGAAUCGCGAAUCGGAUGAAGAUGAUCGCGAAAGAUCGAAAUCCAGACGUUCACGCAGCAAAGAAAAGCGGCACAGAUCCCGCAGCAGAGACCGCGAUCGUGACAGAGACAGGAAAAAGCGUUCUCGUUCCCGUGAUAGAAAACGUCGUUCAAGGUCACGCGAUCAUCGAAGGCGUUCUCGGUCUCGCGAUCGUGAUCGCCAUCGUCGUAGUCGUUCCCGUGACAGCAGACGACGCAGCAAAUCCCGUUCGCGUCGUGAUCGAAGUCGCGAAAGGAAUCGUUCGCGCGACAAUGAUCGCCCGAAAAUCCCGAUUCCCGAUGCCUCGAUGCUGUUACAGCACUCGCAACAACUGAUGGCACAACAAGCGUUGGCGCUUCAGCAACAAUUACAACAACAAAAUCAGUCGCAGGGUUUGUUACAAACGCCCCUGUUGACAGCUGCCUCCAUUGGAGCGGCAAUUAAACAAGAUUUCUUGAUCGAUGCCUUCUCGAAUGCGAAUCAGUCGAUGGCAUCAUCGCGUAAUUUCACAAAUUUACUCGAAAAUAUCCCCGGAGAUGUGAGACCAGCAACGACAAAUGUCAUCGAAAAUUCACAAAAUACGAAUAGCAACGACGCAAGCAACUCUCAAGACGGAUCGCGACCCGAAAGAAAGCGCAAAAAGAAGUCCCGAUGGGCAGGAACGGAAAGCGAAAAGACUUUUAUCCCGGGAAUGCCGACAGUUCUUCCAGCUGGCAUGACGCCCGAUCAGCAACAAGCCUAUCUUGUUCAACUACAAAUCGAAGAAAUCAGUCGAAAGCUCCGAACAGGCGACUUGGGCAUCUCACAAAAUCCAGAAGAAAGAUCUCCCUCACCAGAACCCAUUUACUCGUCAGACGGUAAGCGAUUGAAUACGCGCGAAUUCCGCACCCGAAAACGUCUCGAGGAGCAACGGCAUCAACUUAUCCUGCGGAUGCAGUGUAUGAAUCCCGAGUUUAAGCCGCCAUCGGAUUACAAACCUCCAGUUAUUCGUGUCAGCGAUAAAGUCUUGAUUCCGCAAGAGGAACAUCCCGAUAUAAACUUUGUAGGUUUGCUGAUUGGACCGCGCGGCAACACGCUGAAGGCAAUGGAGAAGGAAACCGGCGCAAAAAUCAUCAUUCGUGGUAAGGGUUCCGUGAAAGAAGGUAAAGUUGGCAGGAAAGAUGGUCAACCGUUGCCGGGAGAAGACGAACCGUUGCAUGCCUUUAUCACCGCCAGCAAUCCAGAGUGCGUGAAAAAGGCCGUGGACAAGAUAAAAGAUGUCAUUCGACAAGGUAUCGAGGUACCUGAAGGUCAUAAUGACUUGCGACGCAUGCAAUUGCGCGAAUUGGCGCAGCUGAAUGGCACGUUGCGCGAAAGUGAUUGUCCGCGAUGUAAUAAUUGCGGAAGUACGGAGCACAAGUCAUGGCUUUGUCCUGAACGUCAAAAUGUCACAAACAACAUUGUUUGUACAGCUUGCGGCGGAAUUGGUCACAUUUCGAAAGAUUGUCGUACAAAACGCCCGGGAAUGGGAGGCGUUCCUGCCGCCGAUUCCCAAACCAAGAUCGACGAAGAAUACAUGAGUCUCAUGGCUGAAUUAGGAGAAGGUCCCGAGCCUCCAGGACCUGCUGCAGCAGAAACGAAACCCGCAAUGCCCGUCAUUUCGAACGUGCCUCGCAGUAACUUUUCAAAUUUGUUCGAGCCCAAGCAACCAGCGAGAGCAAUUAUGCCUGCAGCGCCUCCCGUUACGAAUUCCUACAUGGAAACGCCGCAGCCACCGCCGAAUGUUUGGCCAAGUGCUCCGCCUCCGCCAAUUCCUAGUCUCAUGUCAAAUCCCCCGAUACCCGGACUCAAUGGAGCUCCCUUGAAUCCCAUAUUGCCGCCACCAAAUGUUAAUCCGCCGCCUCCUUUUGCACCCGCGGCAAACAAUUGGAAUCAUGGGAUUUGCCCGCCCGGAGAAAAUCCCACGGAUUUGCCUCCGCCUCCGCCUGGGCCUCCGGGAACUGCGACGUCAUGGAACGCGAAUCCGCCUCCCAUGCCUCCAGGCACUUUUCCGCCAAGCAAUUCGUUCAAUUGCUAUCCUCCAAUUCCUAAUUUAACACUUCCUCCUCCCCCUCCGCCGCCCAGCUAAACAACGAAUUGCGGAAAUUUAGUCACGUGAAACCCAUAAAUAUAUAAUCAAACAAUAACUUUUACUUAUAUUACAGAACGAACACAAAUUUUGACAUUUUUCAGACAUAUUUAAUCAAAUCUUCUCUUUAUCUUAGGUGUCAUGAUAUGUAAACUUUUGAUGAAAAUUCAUAAAUAAACGCUU